AAUGGGUGGGCGUGGCUUUGGGAUCUCUCGCGAGGACGAAAAUUGGAGAGCCGGGAAGAUUGUUUGCUCGCUCUUGCUAUAACGACGCCAGACAUGGCAGUUGUUCUCUCCCUUAACACCCAUAAACCCUUCCCCGUCCUCCCUCUCUCAUCUCUUAAUUAUCGUUCUGGCCCUAUUCGUAAACGCAAUUCCAUUUAUUUCGCUCCCAUCAGGAUCCCAGGCCACCGACACACAUUGCUUAACAAUAUAUCGAACAAAGAAGACCCAAACCCAGAAAAUGCGCAAGAAGAAGUUGCAUACCACGAAGUGAACGAUUUAGGGGUUAAAGCUGCUCUUUCUAUGCUCAAAUUUUACAAAAGGGAAAUCUCGCCGUUGUUGCCGAACAGUUGUCGUUAUGUUCCAACUUGUAGCGAGUACUCCAUGGAAGCUUACAAAAAGUAUGGAGUCGUUAGGGGCACUGUCUUGACUGCUUGGCGUCUAUGUCGUUGCAAUCCCCUUGGUGGGUCUGGAUUUGAUCCUCCUCGGUGGUUUGACGAGAGAAGUCUACCUGAAGAAUGAGGCAUCUUGGUUUAUCUGCUUGCCGCUAAUUCAAAAGUAUUUUUUUUUUAGAAACAUCAUCCUUCAUUGAUGUCAUGUAAUUCUACAUGAUCUGAUAAAACAUUGGAGUUUCCUCCAUGUCUACAAUGUAAUCUGAUACAUAUAUAGCUGCUUUUGCUAGACUAUGGGCAGUAGAAUUGCCCUCCCUGUUUAUAUGACAGACUAUACAUGCUUCCAACUUUGCCAUUGUAGCUUGAGUAUCAGUUAUGAUCAUUCCAAAGUAGCUUGCAUUUUGUUUC